AUGAAACAAAAAAAUCAACGCACUAGUACACAACAAUCACAGAUCGCCAAUCGAAUAAUAAAUACUAUACCUUCGGAGUCUCCUCCACCAUAUUCUGAAGCUAUAAAAGUUUUAUUUUCAUCAUGUACCGAUGGUAAAGGAUUUGGUGGUGCACGAGGUGGAGGUGGUAUAAGUGGAGGAUCUUCUAAUAUGAAAAAAGGAAGUAGAUUUAAAAGUAAUGCUAUGAGUUUUGGUGCUGGAGCAUUAGGUGGUAUAGCAGCAUAUUCUUUAAUGAGAUCGAUGUCACAUUCAUAUUAUUCAAGACCUGGAUAUUAUAAUCCAGGUUAUGGAACUGGAGAAACAUGUGUAAAUAAUGAAAACAUGAAUGGUACACGAUUUGGACAAUUUCGUUGUCCAUUAAAUGGAUUUCCAAUAGAAGCAAAAUAUUGUUGUGGUGAAUAUGGAAAACAAUAUUGUUGUAUUCGUGAAAGCAAUAGUGCUGCGUUUCGUGGUGCUUCGAAUUUUGGUUGGAUACUUCUUCUUAUAAUAACAAGUAGUGUUCAUCUUACGGAUUCGCUGACCUUUUUCUGA